AUGGUGCAGCUUCUGGAUUACAAGCCCUUAAGCUUGGAUGGUCCGGGUCUCCAAAGAGUUGGAAAGGCUCUGAUCCUUGUGGAACCGCCGCCGAUUGGGUUGGAAUUACAUGUGACAACAAUAACCGCAUCAUUAGCUAACCUUAACUUGGAAGGACAGCUUUCUGAGGAUAUAACGUUAUUGGAUGAAUUGCAGAACUUGGAUUUGACAGGGAAUCGUAAAUUGUCAGGACCAAUUCCACAAAAGAUCGGCGAGCUUAAGAAGUUGAAGAACUUGCACAUAAUGGGAUGUAGUUUCAGUGGCCUAAUCCCUGACUCCAUAGGAUCGUUAGAACAACUUACAUACCUUCAUUUUGGAAAUAACAAGCUUACGGGUGAUAUCCCAAAAGAGCUCUUCAGCUCAAAAAUGAAUUUGAUUCAUGUUCUAUUCGAUGGAAACGAAUUCACGGGUCCAGUUCCGGACACAAUCGGCCUCGUUAAGAAUUUGACAGUGCUACGCCUUGAUAGGAAUAGGUUUACUGGUGAUAUUCCUUCAAGCCUUAAUAAUCUCACAACCCUUUCCGAACUGUACUUGAGCAACAACAGAUUUACAGGUAGUCUUCCAAGUCUAACCAGCUUGACCAGUCUCUACACAUUAGAUGUGAGCAAUAACAACAAACUGAAAUCAUCACUCAUUCCAUCAUGGAUCUCUUCAUUAACCUCCCUGUCAACAUUAAGGAUGGAAGGGAUCAACCUCGAAGGUCCAAUACCAGUCCUCCUCUUUACCCCUAAUUUACUACAGACAGUUAUCCUAAAGGGUAAUCUUGUAAAUGCAACAUUGGACUUUGGUACCGGCUACAGCAAUCAGUUGGAGUUUGUUGAUUUACGAAACAAUGACAUUAAAGAUUAUACAAAACCACCACCUACUAAAGAUAUCCAAGUAAUGUUGGCAGAUAAUCCAGUGUGCCAAAACGCGACGAACAAGCAGAGUGACUACUGCACACAAAUCAGAGAAAAUGUUACAUUUUCCAUACCUGAGAUAGAUUGUCGGCAAUGUGGUCAGGAAAGAGAACCGGCUCCAACGUGCCGUUGUGUGUAUCCAAUCAUAGGAACAUUCACCUUCAGAUCUCCUUCCUUCUCAGGGUUUUCCAAUGACACCAACUUCAAAGAGCUCCAACAGAAAAUCACCAGUUACUUCAAGGCUCCUAAUUAUCCUGUGGAGUCUGUGGCCAUCAGAAACAUAAAGGAAACUGAAACUGAUUAUCAUCUUUUAGUAGAUCUCUUGAUAUUUCCAUCUGGCCAAGAAAUUAGAUUUAAUCAGUCGGGAAUGGAGAUGAUUCUCUCGGAGUUUAACUCUCAAAGAUUUAAGCCUUCAGAGAGAUUUGGGCCUUAUGUUUUCAACGCUAAUACGUAUACAAAAUUCCCUGGAGAUCCUAAUCCAACAAACACUGGCGGCAUUAUCAUCGGAGCAGUGAUUGGUGCUUUAGUUCUUUUGUUGUUGUUAACUAUAGCUGGAGUUUACGCUCUUAGGCAGAAGAAAAGAGCUGAAAGAGCAACUGAUCAAAUUGAUCCUUUUGCAAAGUGGGAUACGAGCAAGAACAGUAUCGAUGCUCCUCAGCUAAUGGGAACAAAAGCUUUUACUUUUGAAGAGUUGAAGAAAUGUACAGACCACUUUUCAGAGGCAAAUGAUGUUGGUGGUGGAGGUUAUGGCAAGGUGUACAAAGGGAAACUUCCCUCCGGGCAAGUGAUAGCAAUCAAAAGAGCUCAACAAGGAUCUUUGCAAGGAGGUUUGGAGUUUAAAACUGAGAUUGAGCUUCUUUCAAGGGUCCAUCACAAGAAUGUUGUCAAGCUUUUGGGCUUUUGCUUUGAUCGAAGUGAACAAAUGCUUGUAUAUGAGUACAUCCCAAAUGGAUCCCUUAGAGACAGUCUCUCAGGGAAAACUGGGAUUAGACUUGAUUGGACAAGAAGGCUGAAAAUAGCACUAGGCUCAGCGAAAGGACUGGCUUAUCUACAUGAGAAUGCUGAUCCUCCAAUUAUACAUAGAGACGUCAAAUCACAUAACAUACUACUUGAUGAUAAUCUUACUGCCAAAGUUGCCGACUUUGGCCUAUCCAAACUUGUCGGAGACCCAGAGAAAGCUCACGUCACAACACAAGUGAAAGGAACAAUGGGAUAUCUUGAUCCUGAGUACUACAUGACGAAUCAGUUAACGGAGAAGAGUGAUGUGUAUGGGUUUGGUGUGGUGAUGCUUGAGCUAUUAACCGGUAAAAUACCGAUAGAGAGAGGCAACUACGUGGUGAAAGAGGUGAAGAAGAAGAUGGAUAGAUCAAGAAGCUUGUAUGACUUGCAAGAACUGCUGGACACGACUAUCAUUGCAAGCAGCGGGAAUCUGAAAGGGUUUGAAAAGUAUGUUGAGUUGUCUCUGAGAUGCGUGGAGGCAGAAGGAGUGAAUAGGCCAUCUAUGGGUGAGGUGGUGAAGGAGAUUGAGAACAUACUACAACUUGCGGGAUUAGACCCUAACGUGGACUCAGCAGCGAGUUCAAGAACGUACGAGGAAGCAUCUGGUGAUCCUUAUGGCAAAACCCACUGA